GUUCUUUCUCCAGUUUCUUCAAUCUGGAAAUAAUAUUUUUGUUGCUAGCUCAUCGUUCAUCUUCCUGGCACAAUGGGUCGGUCGAGAACCUGCUGAUGAGAAGGUGCAGUUGACUGCAAACAUGUAACGCUUAUUAGCAAGAGACUUGGAAUCCAUCAGCAGCGCCUACAUUCCAACGAGAGACGAAAGCCGCUCGGACUUGGUUGAAAACGAAAUAUGGCUUCAGCAGCGGAUAGUGAAGCGUCGACAAGCGACGCCCCGACUGUCGCCACAACUGGAUCUGCAUCAGCGAACGGUUCGUCUGGCCUAGCCAUUCAGAAUCUUGAAACUCUUGAUGUAUCAAAACUAACACCCGAUUCUCCAGAAGUCAUUAGCCGUCAAGCAACUGUGAAUAUCGGUACAAUUGGCCACGUAGCACAUGGAAAGUCCACGGUGGUCAAAGCUAUUUCUGGUGUGCAGACUGUUCGUUUCAAGAACGAGUUGGAACGAAACAUCACCAUCAAGCUGGGAUAUGCAAAUGCGAAGAUCUAUCGGUGUAACAAUGCAAGAUGCCCACCGCCAGUGUGUUACCGUUCUAUGGGCAGUGCCAAAGAGGACUCGUUUCCUUGUGACAGACCUGGUUGCUCGGGAAGCUUUGAAUUGAAACGACAUGUGUCCUUUGUCGAUUGCCCUGGUCACGACAUUUUGAUGGCUACUAUGUUGAACGGCGCAGCUGUUAUGGAUGCUGCUCUCUUGCUCAUCGCUGGCAACGAAAUCUGUCCGCAGCCGCAGACUUCCGAGCAUCUUGCUGCCAUCGAGAUCAUGAAGUUGCAGCACAUUCUUAUCCUGCAGAACAAGAUUGACCUUGUGAAGGAAAAUGUUGCCCUUGAGCAGCAUCAACAGAUCUUGAAAUUCAUUCAAGGCACGGUUGCUGAAGGCGCUCCGAUCAUCCCCAUCUCUGCUCAGCUCAAAUACAACAUUGAGGUGGUUUGCGAGCACCUGUGCAGGAAGAUCCCUACGCCAGAGCGUGACUUUCUGUCCCAGCCACAUCUGAUUGUGAUCCGCUCCUUUGAUGUGAACAAGCCAGGAUGCGAGGUGGAGGAGCUCAAGGGUGGAGUUGCUGGUGGCAGUAUCCUGAAAGGAGUUCUGAGGGUGGGUCAAGAGUGUGAGGUUAGACCCGGCAUGGUGUGGAAGGAUGAUUCUGGCAAAGUGCGCUGCCGUGCCAUCUUCUCUCGCAUCGUCUCUCUGUACACCGAGCAGAACGACUUGCAGUAUGCUGUCCCCGGUGGACUCAUCGGUGUGGGAAUGAAGAUUGACCCUACUCUGUGCCGUGCUGAUCGUCUUGUCGGCCAGGUUCUAGGAGGUGUUGGUGCAUUGCCAGAUAUCUUCACCGAAUUGGAAAUCUCCUAUUUUCUCCUGAGACGCUUGCUUGGUGUCCGCACUGAGGGAGACAAGAAGGGAGCAAAGGUGGCUAAGCUGACGAAGAAUGAGGUAUUGAUGGUGAACAUUGGAUCACUGAGCACUGGUGGUCGUGUCCUUGCCAUCCGAGCUGAUUUGGCCAAGAUUGCUCUGACGCAGCCAGUCUGUACGCAGAAGGGUGAACGAAUUGCACUCAGCAGACGUGUCGAGAAGCACUGGAGAUUGAUUGGCUGGGGUCAAAUCCAGAGAGGUGUCACCAUUCCACCGGAGACUGUUGACGCAGCGCCACCACAAGGCCAGUAAAAUGUGGCUGGCUACUCCUCGGGCCAUUGGCUACAUUUGGGCAGCGGACUUUGCCUUGCUGCCGUAGACGGUGGGGUGAGAGAAACAAGCGCGUACACACGCACAUGCACGCACGCACACAGACACACACACGGCUUUUCAUGCAUAACCCAGUUCUCGCAAUUGUUCAUACUCUCACUCAAGCAGGCACUUGCGCAGGCAUACCCACAGAGCGCACAUGCACUCAUCAAUCUUGAUUGCAGCACUCUUUGUGUGGCUCAUUUCAAUGCUGCAGGCUGUUCCUAACAUAUAUGCGUGAGCUUAUUUCCCGAAGCCAUGCUUUUUCCAUGAUAACUAUUUGUGUCGACUUGGUUUAGACGAAUCAAAUCGAAGUCAUUUCCAUUUCCAUGUUGCUCUCUGCUUAAUGCUUUCAGACAAUUUCUGCAUUGUUUCAAGGUCGCUUUUUAGGUAGUUUUGUGGUUGUCCAAUGUGCUGUAUGUAUCACUAUGUGUUUCUUUACUCUUUGUAUGCCCCAGAGCUACAUGUUGGAGUAUCACUACUAGUUUUGCUUCCUUUACUCCUUGUAUCUGCUCUGCCAACUGUUACACAUAUUAGUUAUAUUCCCAGUAGCUACCAUGGGCAAUCUAUGAAGCCCACAGCGGCCAGGGUUCAGUGUACCCCUACUUGUCUGCAGGAGAUUGUUAUGCUUGGAAAGCUGCCGUGUUUAUGAAA